AUGGGCACAGACAGCGUGGCCUCUGGACUUUCUUUGCCUCGCGUAGCGAAGGCUGUGAGCCAUGCCUCCAGAAGUGUUGGGCGCUACGGCGGCGUGGUGCUACAGGCUGCCGCUGCCUGGAACCAGUCCUUGCUGUUUGCCGCUGCAGCUGGAGCACUGGACGGAGCUAGAAAUAGCACGAGCAUUUCCUUAGGGGACAGCUUCGAAGUGGCUUCGGUUACCAAGGUAGUCACUGCCACCGCUAUCAUGCAACUGGUGGACGAAGGGCUUCUUCGUUUGGACCAAUCCUUGGAAGAGGUGGCCGAAGGUCGCUUGAUCACGCUUGUGCAGCAAAAAGUGCCAAAGUUGUUGAUGCACAGCCUUGCCAACGUCACAAUUGCUCAGCUGCUUCAGCACACCAGUGGGCUGCCAAACUACUGGGCCGGCCCGUUUGUCAAGUCUUUUGAAGCCGACGCAAACAAGCGUUGGUCUAUUUGGGAGUUGCUCAGCUAUGCGGCAGAUAUGAAGGACAGCUGCGCGUUGACUGACAGGGGCUCAGCUCGUGCCUUCGCGUAUGCGGACACGAACUACUUGCUGCUGGGCCUUGUGCUGGAGACAGUUACGCAGAGCCAUUUGCCAGCCAUCUUCCGAAGCAGAGUCUUCGAUCCUGCAGGCAUGUCCACGGAAGGCACAUACUGCAACUACUUGGAAACAAGGCCAAAGGAUGCCCCUCCUUUGGCAAAGCGGUAUUUUGGAUCCAUUGAGAUCACAGGCAAGGAGCAGCAUUCUGCAGACUCUUUCGCUGCUGGCGGCAUCGUGUCCACGGCUACUGACCUCCAGAAGCUCAUGGCAGCGCUUGCAAAGGGAGAGCUCUUUCCCAUAGGUGGCAGGUCGACGCUGGAAAAAAUGAUGACCUGGAUUCCAGCCAAGCGGGGCCCUGGUUUCUGGUAUGGCUAUGGCCUCAUGCGGAUAGAUUUGGAUGAGCAGCAAGGCUUUUUCAAGCGUUUUUUCUCUAGAAGCAAGCCCAGAGGCUUUGUGUGGGGGCAUGAAGGCUUCGGCGGUGCCUUCGUCUGGUGUUGGGCCCCAGGAGAGAACAAGCCAGAGGUCAUCAUUACGGGUACUACCAACAAUGAGAACAGGAGCUAUGGCUUGCUAAUUAAUCAAUUAGUGGAAGAUUUGGAACCAGAGCUUCCUCGCACCUGA